CGUCUUGAUUGGUCGUCUCGAGCUGAAUCCUCUUGAAUGAUUUCAAACCCGAGUGUUUGGACAAGAGGGAGGAGAGAGGCGGGGGGUCCACUGAUAAUUCCGAGGCUGCUGGGUGGAAAGGAUUGAGUCGUCCGUCCACUAUCACACCGCCUCACUGAAGACGCUUUUAUCCGAGGAGACGGUGAAACACGUCCAAGAGGACUUUUCUUAUAGGUUGCGCGUUUUACUCGAACAUUCGCUGUUUUGCGCGAAAUUAGGUUGAAUUCACCUAAACAUAAAGGAAGAAGCUGGCGGAUUUCACGUUUUCCAUCAUGUGAAUGUUGUGAUGUCCAGCAGAGACUGUGCACACUGUUACGGGUCGCUGUGUUUUUGCCGACAGGACUCGGUGAUCGGAAAUCCCUGAUAAUCGAUUUUAUAUCGCUUGUUUGUUUCUGACCGACUGUGACCACCAACUGUUGUUCCUGUGAGUAUUUUUUAUUUAUUUUACCAGAUCAGUGGUGUCAUUUCUUUAAAAGCUCGGGUUGUGGAAGCAUCACAGUCAUAUUUGUGUUGUUUAUUCUUUCGGUUUUAUUAUCGGCCUGUUGAAGAUCAGGGCAUUAUCGAUACUUUUCAGAUUUUUUUCCCCCCCUUUUUGGACAAUGUAUUCAUUUUUUAACACGAUUCCGCAAUUGAGGUUAGGUUAGUGAGUUUCUGAGAGUUAAUUUUAAGCAGCUGCAUAAACGAACUGAGACUCGCAGCCGCCACAGUCAUGGCUAAAAAUCCGUCCGAGGGGCCGAAGGAUGACCUGAGCCAGCUGACGGACGACGAGCUGCUGCGGUGCAGCAAAGAGGAGCUGGUUAGGAAAUUAAGGAGGGUUGACGGCGAGAAAAUGAACUUGAUGAUCGAGCAUGGCAACAUGAUGAAGGACAUUAACCGGCGGCUGCAGGUGCACCUUCAUGAAAUCCGGAACCUGAAGGAAGUCAACCAGAAGCUCCAAGAUGACAACCACGAGCUCCGGGAACUCUGCUGCUUCCUGGACGACGACCGACAGAAGGGCAAGAAGCUGUCCCGGGAGUGGCAGCGUUUCGGCCGCUACACAGCCAGCGCCAUGUGGAAGGAGGUGGGCACCUACAUGAUGAAGCUCAAGGAGCUGGAAGCCAACCAGGAGACUGUGCUGAGGGAGAACUCUGAACUGAAGGAGAUCAUCCUCAUGCUGGAUGAAGAGAGGAAUGGGGCAGGGUCCCGGAGCUCCAUAGAUAGUCAGUCCAGCUUGACCAACCUGAACGGGGGCACCAGCACGGUCAGGGAUGUUGGAGAUGGGAGUAGCACGUCCAGCACAGGAAGUGCCGGUAGCCCCGAUCACCACAAUCACAACCACAUGCACAAGCCCUCAGAGAACGGUAAGAUGGGGACCACGAUAAGAAGAUCCAUGGAUGACCUAUCAGCACCACAUCAUCACAGAAGCAUCCCCAAUGGACUGAAUGAUUCUUCCACCAACUACAUCAGGCAGCUGGAGACGAAAGUGCGGAUACUGGAAGACGAUAACAAUAAGCUCCUCUCACAGGCUUAUAGCCGCUAUAGCUUAUCGCAAAUACAGACGAGAAAGCAGUGUAACCCAGGUGACCUUCGUGCCCUGAGGAAGGGAAUGACUCUGUACCACUCAGAGUCCCAGCUGUCCUCACUGCCCCAGCGCCAGGAAGCCAUGCACAUGGGGACUGGACGCCUACCAACUAGCGAGUCCUCUCCAGCUACAGGCUAUUUGUCCUGCGUCCAAAAGCCUGAGGCUGUGGUCCAUGCCAUGAAGGUGCUGGAGGUCCACGAGAACUUGGAUAAGCAGGUUCCUGAGGACUAUGAGGAUGAUCUCAGCGAGAAAGAGAAGGCCAUUGUGCGAGAGAUGUGCAAUGUGGUGUGGAGAAAACUGGGUGAUGCAGCAGGAUCAAAGCUGUCCGUCAGACAGCACCUCUCUGGUAACCAGUUCAAAGGCCCGCUGUAGCAUAUCAGCCCUAGAGAGAGACGGAGAGAUAUCAGGAUCCACACUCACCUGAAACGCCACCUUCCCACCUGCACCUACACGGACCCGUCACGCCACCGUGCUCCCCCCUGCCGACAGCACCCGGCAUUCCUCCGGCGAACGCUCUCUUUUUAGACUGGCUACAGAAUGGACCUGUUAGUCUCGUUGUUGCCUGUAUACGUUUUUGGAUCUCUGCGCUGACAUGUUGACAGCCGGCAGCUAGUGUCACCAACCCGCCACUUUUCUGCAUCGGUUUGGAGGCUUUCUCUUUUCUCUCUCUGUAAACAAACACCCGCUUUCGCUCCUUUAGAGCUUAGCUGAGCUGUAAUAAGCUAGGGAUGAGACGUGGUUUCGAGCACAGGUGACGGGGGUGGGGGGGCAGAAGUUGGCAACAGUGAGGCGAUUAAUACUAGUUUCUAUGGAGAGAGACACCCCCAUCCCCUCCCGAGCUCCUGUCACAUGUAUGACCCCGCCUCCCCACUUCCUCCAGCGGUCAAUGAGUAUAACUAGCAUUAGCAUUGUAUAAUGUUAGCCAAGUGAAACCCACUGUGACCUAGCGCCUUUUUGCUCGUAAGACAAGUCUAUGGAUAAUAAAGUCUAGAGAUCGCUGUUAACUCGUGUAUAUUAUGUAUAAAACCAUAGCAUUACGUCAUUGUUUCUGUUGAUUUGACUUUAUUUUGUAUUCUAGCGUGGCCAUGUGAUCAACAAUUGAGUUUUAAAAAGCACACACAUACACACCUACAUAUACAAACACACACAGACCUCAAACAGGGUUUGCUUUUGGUAAUACUCUUUUUUUUUUGUUAUUGUCAUUGUUAUCAUUAUCAUUCUUUUCCAGAUGAAUUGCUCUUACUCCUUCUCUCUGUAAUGUUCGUUCAAAUGUAUCCGGGCCAUUCUGAAUCUGCCGUCUCGCUCUGUUUAUUAAGGAACAGAUAAAUUUUCUUACUUUUGUGAAACGGGCUAAAAAUUGUAUGCUGUGUGCAUGCUUGACAAUCAUUCUCUCAGGUUGGGAGGGCUACAGCUUUACCUUUGCCCAUCUGUGACCGUGCGCGCAUGUGUGUGAGUGUGUUUAAGAGUGUGAGUCUGUGUGGGAGGAGACUGAAUGGUUGGAGCUGUAGCAUCUGCCUGUGAAUCCUCUUUUUUUGGGCCAUUGAACCCUGGUUACAGCCCGAUUGAAGGCUGCUGAAGACAUUUUCUGAAUCCAUCCAAAAUAAAAUGUAAUUCAAUAACUAAAAUAUCCUGAACCUCCCCACUCAGUUUGAUCUGCUCUGAAACUUUUUUUAUACAGUGGUUUGAAAAGUGCAUGUUUGUCACAGUUGCAGGUUUCAGAUCAUCAAACUAAUUUAAAUAUUAGAUAAAGAAAACACAAGUAAACACAAAAUGCAGUUUCUAAAUUAAGGUGUUUAUUAUUAAUGGGGAAAAAAUCCAAACCUGCAUGGGCCUGUGUGCAAAAAGUGAUAACUGGUAACCUAAUAACUGGUUGGGCCAGCAAAAACCGCAAUAAAGCAGCAACAACUGCAAUCAAGCAUUCACAAUAACUGGCAAUGAGUCUUUGACAGCGCUGUGGAGGAAUGUUGGCCCUCUCAUCUUUGCCGAAUUGUUGUAAUUCAGUCACAUUGGAGGGUUUUCGAGCAUGAGCCGCCUUUUUAGGGUCCUGCCACAGCAUCUCAAUCGGAUUCUGGUCAGGACUCAUUUUACUUUGCUUAAGCCAUUCAGAGGUGGUAUUGCUGGCGUGUUUUGGGUCACUGUCCUACUGCAGAACCCAAGUGCGCUUCAGCUUGAGGUCACAAACAGAUGGCCGGACAGUUGUAGGAUGGUUUGGUAGACGACAGAAUUCAUGGCUCCAUUUACAACAGCCAGUCUUCCUCCUGAGGCGGAUUAGCAGCUCCAGCCCAUCACACUACCGCUGUGACCCUUUCCAGACUGAAAGCUGUCAGUGUCUUUGUUUCUCAGGUGUUUCUUCGAGUCGUAGCAUGAUGUCUUGCUUUUUGAGAUCUUUUAGCCUGCUCCACUUUGUCAGACAGGUUCUAUUUAAGUGAUUUCUCGAUUCAACAGGUCUGCCAAUAAUCAGGCCAGAGUGUGUUUAGUGAAACUGAACUGUGUGGGGGGUUUUUUUGGGUUUUUUGGGUUUUU